AUGUCCUUCCAAGUACCCUACGAAUCCAGUCCCCCAGAGACCCCAGAGAAAGAUCGCUCUCGCAGCUUAUGGAGUAACGUGUCGACAACUCCUGCUGGCCCGCCGCCAUCCAGCGCGAAGUCAUUCACACCGCAAGGGCUGCCAACAUCGACUGAAGGUGGCUCGCGCAUGGCGUUUUCACGAAAUGAGCACUCCUUCUCCACGAACCAAUUCUCCAACUCUGUCUUUACCAAGUCCGGAAACAUCAACACAAAUGAUAGCAUUUUCGGCUCCUCGUUUGGCUCGACCGAUUAUGCCAUGCCCCGAAACCAACCCUCGACCAAACCAACUACCGCGUCGAAUCUCCGCUACAGUAUCGCAACAAAUGGAACCGCAUUUGGUGACUCGAUGAACUUUGGCCACUCCAAUGGAUUUGCGUCGUCACAAAUGAGCGACUACCAGGAGGAGAACCAAGACAUGGAGCCAGAGCUCGAGGAUGAAGUGGAAGAGGAGGUUGAGGAAGCUGAGGAGGAAAUGGACCUGACUUCUCAGCCUCAGCAAAAGCCUUUUAGCUUCACGUCGAUGUUCGGAAAACCGCAACCUGCUCCCGCUCCCGCUCCUGCUCCCCAGCGCAAACCCAUCUACUCGAAUCCCAGUGACGCCAAGCGACCAAAGCUUGACGAACACUGGACUAAUCAGUCACCCCGCAAAGCCAAGCUCUCUCCGAAGAAGGCAUCCGCCAUGCCAUCAAUUCUGCACAACCUAGCUUCCCGGACCCGUAUGCCUGCUGUCAAAGAGCCGAGCGACAUGAUUCUCGCCACGGAGGAUAUCCUCGGCAAGCUUGCCGAUGAGAUGAAGGCCGCAGAAGAAAGACAUGUGGAUUUCGAUGCUGUGUUGGCUGCUAUCUCGCAAGAAUUGGCAACAACCUGGCAGGCGUCUGCUGAUCGCAGUGGAAUUAGUCGGCCAUACAAUGCGCAGUCCGGCAUUGGACCCGGAGAGCAAGCUCCUAACCUGGUCAAAGCAAGCUUCAUUGCUUCAUUGCUCCUUCAGAUAAACCAACCUGCCCGUGAAUCUCCCUCCAACAUGGGUCUUGGCAUGGUACAAGCUUUGGCACGAUCCAGCAGCCCCAAGCCUUACCCUCAGAUUUUGCUUGAGUGGCUUAAUGAGAACCAUGCGCCGCAAACGAAGGGCCUGCAGGAAUUGAAAUAUGUGGAACCAAACCCGACUGCCUCGUCAAACUUCUGGGAUAUCAUUACUGCGUCAGUGCUGCGUGGUCAUUUGGACGAAGCUGCCAAGGUUCUUCGCUCUGCGGACUUCAACUAUGCCCGCUCAGCAAUGGAGGAUGGACUACCACAGCCUGGAUACCGCGGCGCGCAGCUGCAGAACAUCCAGCGCGAGGUCAACAGGGCUCUUCUCAUCCUUGAAUCUUGCCCCGGGACAAAGUUGGACAACUGGAACGUCGAUGGUGCAGAGUGGGCUACAUAUCGGAAACGGAUCGUGACAUCUAUCACCGAACUGGAAGAAUUUGCAGAGGGUGAGGAGAAAGACGAGUCCAUCGUACCAGUCCCGGACAACCGAUUCCAAGCCAUCAACUUCGGAUUGAAUAACCUGAACCAGAAACCCAUGUCAUUCACUCAAUCCGCUCGCAUGGCCGAAAGUCGUAUCCCCUGGUCUAUCUACCAGAGCUUGAGAUCCAUCUACCGAAUCCUUCUCGGUGACCCCGCGGCCAUCAAGGCUCACUCCCAGGACUGGGUGGAGGCUACUAUCGCAUUGACCGCCUGGUGGGAUGGUGAGGAUGACGACGGUGCAGACAUGGAAUUCGAUCCUACCACAUCCGGUAACGAUUUCCUGCGCUCGCGUGGACCCAAAGUGAAGCAGACCCGUGCUGUCACCAUCAACUACCGGGAAGCUUACAUCAAUCGUCUCGCAUUGGCUUCCAGCAACGCCACCAGCGAAUCUGGUAGCCGUUUCCAACCCAACUCUCUGAGCAGUGUGGAAGUCGGUCUCGCAUCUGUCUUCGAGGGCAAUGUACAGGGUGUUCUGGAAUUACUUCAGAGAUGGUCUCUUUGCAUUGCUGCCACCGUGGCAGAAAUUGCCAGCCAAGGGCUGUGGUUUGAAUCUCACCAGGGACAGACGAGGUUCCCCGGUCUGUCAGAGAAUGACUUGAUGGUUCUUUCCUAUGGUCAGGAUAACAAGGCUCCAUCCCGUCAUCUGCGCAAGGACGAUAUCCUCCGUGACUAUGCUUUUGGACUGUAUGACAUUCCUGUUAUUCAAAAUGAAACUAGCAGCCGUGAAGGAUGGGAGUUAGCUCUCGAGGUAUUAAGCCGACUUAAUGAUACCAACCAGAUGAAGAAGGCUGUUUCUGAGAUAGUUGAUAAGCUCCCGUUGGAGAACUCCGAUCAGUUGGACAAGUUGGUUGUUCUAUGCUCGGAUCUUGACUUGGAGGAACAGGGACGCAGAGUUUCCGAGCGAUUCGGUGACAUGCUAACAUCAAAGUCUGAAAACUUCGGUCUUGCUCUCGUGUGCUACGCCCGUGCUCAGAGCCGCCGCAAGGUGAAGUCCGUCGUCGACCUUUUGAUUUCAUACAGUUUGGUCCAGUCACGCGCAUACCCUGCGACGGCAGACCUGGACUCAUACCUCCGAUCCAUGAUGAAAGAACCAAAGGCAUGCUUGUCUUCAAUUGCCGAGAUUGACGAGGAAGCAGCUCGUAUCCUCCAGUUCUAUCUCAGUGGUUACGCAACUCUACGCCGGUUCUACGAGAUCCGCGAUGAGGAAUCCGAGUUGAAAGAAGGCGAGCGACCACGCUACAAGCCCCUAGCUCGACGUCGCGCCGCAGCUCAAGCCCUCGCCGCCGUCAUCGGCAGUGCAGCCGAUAACAUCUACGGAGGCCUCUACGACCCAGACCGUGACUCGGCCGUCCAAGUCGACGGGCUGCUAGCACUACUCGGCGAAGCCCUAGUAUUCGUGAGCCAACCAACCUCCGUCUUAACAGUCUCCCAACAAUUCACAAUCCUCUCCGCAAUCGAAGACCUGGAAACAGUCACACCACGUGUCUACGCCCAAUGCGAAGAAUGUUUCCGCUCAACCCUCCUAGCAGCAUCAUCCACCGACCCCUCCCGCGCACCGCCCUCCCCGCGCGCACUGUUUCAAAAAUCCGUCACUAAUUUCAACGCGUCAACUUUCUCUCUAAUGGGCAACGGCAUGCUCGAUUCAGCACGUACACGCUCAGGCUCGGGAUCCGGUUCCGGACCUGCUUCGAUGAGUGGAUCGGGCGUUCUUGUCCCUCGUCCGAGCGACAUGUCUGCAGUUGGUGAUCGCGGCUGGGACUGGCGUGUUGGAUUGCCUGAAUCAGCAAGGGGCGAGGAUGUUCUGCGCUUGUUGCGGUCUGGUUUGGCACGUGGGUUGAGUCACGGUGCUUUAGGGUCUGUUUAG